AUGGCCAAGGUACUCCAGGGAAAUCUUAACCGGAGCAGAGUUGCGGACGCCCUCCUCGAGCAGCUGCGGCGGGAGCGGGAGGCUGACGUCCUACUGCUCUCUGAGCCGUACAGAGCUCGAAAGGGCCCAACGUGGUUCGCCGACACGCUGGGGACCGCAGCGAUUUGUAUACCGGAUCCGUCCAGGUUCCGGGUCCAAGCGCGCGGAGCAGGUGCCGGAUUCGUCUGGGUAAGGGGGGAGGGUCUGACGCUAGCUAGCGUGUACCUUUCCCCUAACAACCGCAUCGUGGAUUUCCGCGAUAAGAUUGAAGCCCUCGAAGACACCAUCGGUGAGCAGGAGGGGGGAUGGAUUGUCGGAGGGGACUUCAACGCGAAGGCGGUCGAGUGGGGAAUGCUCAGACCGGACACCAGGGGACGAUAUGUCGUCGAGAUGGCGGCACGCCGUAACCUGGUGAUCCUGAAUCGAGGGUCGUCCACGACCUUCCGGAGGUUUGGUUAUCAGGAGACCAUCAUUGACAUUACGAUGGCUUCUGAGGGUGUCGCCCCCCGCAUCGAGGACUGGAAAGUCCUCGAAGACUAUACGGGGAGCGACCACCAGUACGUAAGUUUCCGGAUAUCCGGGGAAAGGAGAAGGAGCAGGGUUUCACCCGCUCAUCGAGGGUGGAACCUCAAGACGCUCCAAACUGUGCGCUUCGAACAGGCCCUCCAGGCUGGCCUGCAGAACAUCUCGCGGCCCGCCAGGAGGACCUACACCCGGAUAUCGGCAACCAUGCACGCAGUCCGCGAUGCGUGUGAUGCGUCGAUGAGCCAUGGAAGGCCACGCAGAGCCACUCGGCCUGCGCACUGGUGGUCGGAAGCUGCUCGAAAAAAUGAUCAGGCCCCGCCUCCUGACGGCCGUUCAGGAGGCGGGCGAUCUAUCGAGUCGGGCAAUUCGGCUUUAGACGCGGAAGGUCGACCGUCGACGCCAUCCGGGAAAUAA